AUGCUGCUCCCGUGCUCUGCGUUUUUGCCCUCCUUCUCCCGCUCAGAAAUUCUCGAGUACGCGCGGUGGCUGGGAGUGGAGCUCCUGGGGGAGGAGGAGCUUCUGUGGGUGGCCUAUCCCCUGUCAAUAUUGGAGUACGCGCGGUGGUUGGGGAUGGAGCUUCCGGGGGAGGAGGAGUUGCUGUGGGUGGCGCGGCAGGGGCUGAAAUCACCUCUGCCGCCCAACUGGAAGCCCUGUGGCACGGAGGACGGGGAGAUCUACUAUUUCAACUUCCAGACGGGCGAGAGCGUGUGGGAGCACCCCUGUGACGACCACUACCGCGCCGUCUACCACCAGGAGAAGGCCAGGCUGCUGCUCGCCCGCGCCCCUCCCCCCCCUGCUGCUGCCAGUGGUGCUAGUGGUGGUGGUGGUUCUGCUGCUGCUUCUGCUCGUGCUGCUGUGGCUGGCGGUGGGAGUGUGGAGGGUGCGGGGAGGAAAGGAGGCUUUUGGGGAGUGGCGGGGCCAGGGACAGGGAUGAUGGGGGGAGGAGGAGGGAUGGGUGGAGAGACGUAUCGCCAGCAGAAAGGGUCACCUGCGCGCGCCCAUGCCCAGCAGUCGCAGCUAAGGCCUCCGCAGCAGCAGCAGCAGCAGCAGCAGCAGCAGCAGCAGCAGCAGCAGCAGCAGCAGCAGCAGCAGCAGCAGCAGCAGCAGCAAGCAACAACACGAAGCUCAUCCAGUAAAAAUUCUGUGAAGCUCUUUCACCAAACCUCCUGGUCCCCCGAACCUGGCUCGGUUCGUCAGUCUGCCGCGGCUGCCAGCCUGGCUCGGGCAGGCUCCGUUCCCGUUGUGGCGAAUGGCGUGAAUGGCCAUCCUGCUGAAACUGAGGAGGAGGAGGAAGAUUGGAGCAGCUCUGACGAUGGUGACGAUGGUGGCAGUGGUGAUGCGGCUGCUAAUGCUGCCGCUGCCGCUGCAGGCGGCGAAGGCGUUUACAGUGGGAAUGCUGCUGGUGGGAUAAACAUUCCUGCUGCUGCUGCUGGCUGUGAAUCGGUGGCAGUGGGAGCUUUAAAAGGGCUGAUAGCGCUGAUUCAAGUGCCAAGGGUGUGGGAGGAAAUGCGGAAGGAAAUGCAGAAAGAAUUGCGAGAGGGUAUUGAGAAGGAGAGGGCGCGACUGUGGGAGGAGAUGCAGGCAGAUGUGAUGAACCAGUUGGAGAGCAGGAAGCAGGAGCUGUUUGCUGACGUGGCGAGGAAAGUUGAUGCUGACGUGGCGGAGGAGUAUGAGAGGAUCAGGCAGCAACGGGUGGAGGAGAUUAGGCAACAGGGCGAGGUUGAAGCAGAGGUUAGGGAAUACCGAGCCAAGUUGCUAGCUUCGGUAGAAGAGGAGGAGACGCGCUUGCGAGAGAAUUUAAGAGAGAGUAAGGCUCGGGAAGUGGCUCGGGCCGAGCGUGAGGUUCGGCGGCUGCAGGAGGAACUGGAGGUUCGGGCGACCCAGGUGCUAGACUCGUUCAGAACCGACCUGCAGGUUCGGCUGGAAGGGGAAAAGCUGAAGCUGAGAAGAGAGGCAGUGCGCGCAUUAGAGCGAUGGAGGGAGGAGCUUGAGAUGAAGGUUCAGAGGAAGGUUCAGGGCAUGAGGAUGGAUUUACAAAUGAAGCUGGAAGCAACGAGAAGGGAGAUGGAGGUGGUAAUGAGGAAGAAAGUGGAGGAGGAGAGGGUGUGGCGAUUGGAACGGCUGAGUCGGGAGUUGAGGGAAGAGGAGACCGAGCUGAGAAGAGUCUGGAAGGAGAGGAUGGAGAGAGAGAAGCAGAGGGUUCUGGGAGGUGGUGGGUCAAGGCGUUCGUUUGAUCUGACGGGAAAGGCAGCUCUGCUGGGGCUGGGGGGUGAGAGGAACGGGCAAGGCGUUGGGAUGAGGGAGGAGCAGAGGGUGCUGGGGGGUGUUCCGAGACAUUCUUUUGAUUUGACGGAAAAGUCCCCUCUGAUGCUGGGCGGAGUGAGAAACGGCCAAGGUGCAGGGUUGAACUUGAGAGAGGAUGAGCAGAUGAUGUUUGGAAACAUGAGGAGCCCGAGAAGGGUCGGAGGAGUGAUGGGGCAACAACAGCAGCAGCGGCGGCGGCAGGUGGGGGAGUCAUAUGCCGGGCAGGUGGAAGGAAGUGUAUUGGCCGGGGACUGGAUAAGUGGGGGCCGGAUUGGGCUGGGGUCAGGGGGGAGGAAAUUGAGGAACCGGGGGAAAAGCAGUCGGACGGUUGGGAGCGAAUCUGGUCAUGAUCGGACGGUGGAGGAUGCAUUGAAAACGGGGAGCGGCGGAGGGUACUACUCGCCAUGGGGCGAUUCUGGUUCGGAGGGACUGGGAGAGCUGGGGAAGGGGGAUCUGGGGAGGGCUCAUCUACGGGUGCGGUGCAGAGGGGUUGAAAGCGGUGGAGGGGCGUUUGACGAUGGAGGAAUCUCGUUCGGGGAGCGCGAGAUCAUGUUGAAACAAGCCAGGCGGUUUGCAGCGGAGCAGCGGCGGAGCUUGAAGGAGCGAGAGGCCGUGCUGGAGGCAGCUAGGAGGGACUGGAGGAGCCGUAUGGAGGCAGUUGAAGAGCUAUCGGAUCUGGAUGAGAAGAGGCGGAAGGUGCAACACUUGAUGUUUAUCAAAGCAACGUUGGACCAGCACGAGAGGGAGUUGAAUGACGAUGCCAGGAGCGUCAAGCAGCUCAGAAAGAGCUUACUUGCUUUUUCCCGAAAUGCAGCUUCUGCUGGUAGUGGUGGCGGCGGUGGCGGCAGUGGUGGUGGUGGUUUAAGUGGCAGUGGUCUCUUAAGUGCCAGUGGUGGUCUAAAUACGGAGGAAGGGUUUUGGGCUGGGAGUAGGGUAGGGGGUAGGGAGCGAGUGGGCGGAGGGAUGGGAGGAGGGAUGGGAAGGGCGGUUGGUGGUAUUUCUGGAAAGUACUUAGGCAUCCCGCCAGGUGGCGGCGUGCGAUUGGAACAGAACCGCCCGUUGGUGAAUUUCCCACCUAGUGCCAUCGUGUCCCCAGCCUCGUCGUUUGCUUCGAUAACGAUCCAAGAGGGGAACCCGGACCUGAGCGACGUGAGCUACACCUCAGGUUCGGGGCUGAGAUUCCCUGCCGAAGCUGGUGCAGCGGGUGCAGCGGGUGCAGCUGGUGCAGCUGGUGCAGCGGGUGCAGCGGGUGCUGGGGGUGCUGGGGGCUCUGGGCGCGUUUCGUCUCCCUUGUCCUCUCCUGUGAGGCGAGAGAUUGGGAGGAGCAUGCUCGGUUUCGAGUCUCCUAAACAUAAUUCUCCCCUGCCUUCUCCUGUGCGGAAAGAGGUUGGAGGGAGCAUUUUUGGGGUGAAGGGUGAAGAGAGGAGGGUCGACGUGGGGAAGGGCACUACUGGUUUGACUGCUGCUGCUGCUGCUGCUGCUGCUACUGCUGGUGCUGGUGGUGGUGCCGUUGCUACUGGUGGUGCUGGUGGUGGUGCCGUUGCUACUGGCGGUGCUGGUGCUCGUGCUGGUGGUGGUGGUGAUGCUGCUGGUGCUGGUAUUGGCAGCAGCCAAGGGACUGGACUGAAAGCGCAAGGGCGAAGUGUGGGGGGCGGAAAAGGUAGAGGGGAAGCAGGAGGGAAGGUGGAGGAAAGCAGAGCAACGGCUGGAGAGGCAAAGAAGGCAAAGAACAACGCAAGAGGUGUUGCUGAUAACCCUCCACCGAGAAUGUCAAUAGCUGUGAAAGAGGGGAGGCGGGGAGAGGGCGACGGGAAGUGGGGAGAGGGAGGGGGGAGGCGGGGAGUGGGAGAGGGGAUGAAUGCAAGUGGCCAAGGAAAAAAUGCCACUGCUUCUAAAAGAGGGCCGGCUUUCGUUGGGAUGGCAGCAACAGCUGCAGCAGCAGCAGUGACAAGACCAAUGGAAGGCCAAUCAAUGCAGCAGUCAACCCAAAACGAGCCUACUCAAAAGCUGAAAGCUGGUCGUAGCGGCGCAAGCAGGGCUAUAGGGGGUGUGUCUGGUGGACAGUCGUUGGAGGCAGGGACCAAAGAGCGUGUGGUGGGAGGAGCAACUGGAGCAGGGACGGGUGCUUCGUGA